AUGAAAUACCACAAUGGUCCACAUUCGCAAUCCAAUAUGGCCGCAUCGUAUGGAGUGUACGAUGCCAAUUACCGCGACGGUAUCUACCGGGACGCCAAUUACCGCGAGCCCAGUUACCGGGACGCCGAUUACCGGGACGUUACCUACCGGGAUAAUUACCGCGACGCGGAUUACCGGCAACCCGAUUACCGGGAGACUUACCGAUACGAAGCUGAUGAGACUUACGUGCCCACGUCGACUCUGCGCACGAGCAAUUACCGAGGAUUAGUGGUGAACGCGUCCGGCGACAGCACGGUGAUCCGUUCGCCGGUUGCCCAACAACCGGCUCCAACCCGGCCCGCUGUCCAGGAUCAGCAAAAUUCCGGGUACGGUGGAUGCUUCAACUCGCCCACGGCCAAUCCUCCGGCUACCAGCGACCAAAACUCGUUCUUUCGCACCUGGUGCAGGCCGACCAUUUUGCUACUCUUUUUGGUGCUGCUCGUCGUCAUCUUCGUUUUGGUCUCGGGAAUUUUGCUCUACCAUAACUAUCUUGUGCACAAACCAAGACAGACUGCUAGUGAAGGUGUCUUAGAUUAUCCUGAACCGUGCGAAAAAACGUACUGCGCGUGGGGCGCUCAAUGCAUAAACAGUCCCGAAGGCAGGGGCCUGUGCCAAUGUCCUACAUUUUGCAAGCCGAAGGUGGAACCCGUCUGUGGUACCGACGGUAAGACGUACACUAAUCACUGCGAGCUGCGUUUAGCUUCGUGCAAAGCCCGUCUUAAUACCAGGGUUAAAUAUGCAGGCAGUUGCGAACAAAACGACCCGUGUAGAGACAAAGAAUGCAACUUUGGCUCGCGAUGCGUUGUAAAUUCCGACGGACGAAACGCCACUUGUGUUUGCCCGGACAAAUGUCCAAAUUAUGGUGAUCAUACUACAUCUAGAGCUGUUUGCGGUUCAGAUGGCGAGAACUACGGAAAUCAAUGCGAACUUCAACGGGCCGCCUGCAACUCGCAAACCAACAUCACCAUUAAAUUUUACGGAAAAUGCGACCCUUGCGCUGGUGUUCAAUGCACCGAGCCCGAAGUGUGCCAGUUGGAUGAGCAUCGCAAUCCCGUGUGUCGAUGUGGAGAGCCUUGCCCUUUGGAAUUUACCCCGGUGUGCGGGUCAGACGGAAAAACGUAUUCCAAUGGGUGCAGUUUACGCCAGGAAGCAUGUCGCUCGAGGAAAUCGUUGAAUAUUAUUUACAGAGGGAAGUGCAGCUCAGGAAUAAAUCCGUGCACCAGCGUCCGUUGUACCCGAGGAGAAGAAUGCGUCAUUAACAAAUUCGGGAUAGCCCAUUGCCAGUGUCCGGAAAGUUGCGAGCCAAUUAUGAGGCCGGUGUGCUCCAAAGACGGCAGGACUUUCGCAUCCGAGUGCGAAUUAAAAAGGACUGGCUGCGUUUCCAAGACCAACAUCGAAAUAGCCUAUUCAGGGAUAUGCGGCGAGAAUGGUCCUUGCAGCGAACACGAUUGUCAAUUUGGAGGUACUUGUGUGGAAAGGGCCGGAACGGCGCAUUGUGAAUGCCCAGAUUGCCCCGCAGAAUUCGAACCGAUUUGCGGUUCCGAUGGAAUUUCCUACAGCAAUGAAUGCAAGCUCAGAUUAGAGGCCUGCAAGCAUCGGCGUAAUAUCAGCGUGCUCUACGAAGGCCCCUGCAACGGAUGCGAGAAUAAAAAGUGCGAUUUUUAUUCGGAGUGCGAAAGCGACGGCACGUCUGAAGGCCGCUGUGUUUGCCCGCAAUCUUGCGCCGAUUCCAAGCUUAACAACGGUACCAUUUGCGGUACCGACGGCAUAUCGUACACCAGCGAAUGCGAACUCCGAAUGGCCUCCUGCAAGACGAAGCAAUACGUUAUAGUAGCGUACAAGGGGAACUGCGACUUGUGUCAAAAUGUAAAUUGCAAAUACGGCGGAAAAUGCGAAGCAGGCGAAUGCGUUUGCCCUACCAAUUGCGACGAAGCUGGCGAGGAACCGGUUUGUGCAUCGGACAUGACGACCUACCGCAACGAAUGCGAGCUCCAAAAAGCCAGGUGCGCCCGCGGGACCAACGCUGCACCUCUUACUGUCAUUUUCUACGGGGACUGCAGGGAGAAGUUCCCUUCGGCCGCCGGCUCGUUAAGCACGACAUUCCCUAACAUAUCGGCGCAGGCUAACCCAAUAACAGGUAACGACAUCGAGGGCUCAGUACCUGACAAUUCGCUUGUUGAUGGUACCAAUACGGAAAAGGAAGCGUGCAAGGAUAUUUUGUGCGAUUUCGAGGCGACCUGCGAACUGGGGCCCGAUAAUUUCCCGCGUUGUACGUGCCAGUUCAAUUGCUCGACGGCGCGCGAGAGCUUGGUGUGCGCCUCCGACUUGAGGAUUUAUCGUUCUUUGUGCGCCAUGAAAAUGGAGGCUUGCCAAAGACAGGAGGAGCUGAGAUUGAGGCCGUUGGAUCUAUGUCAAGGAAUGGAGGUUAAGCCUUGCAAAGGUGAGAAACCGCUAACGGAUCCUCUGACAGAGCGGGAAUUAGACUGCGGAAACGGCCCGUUCAGACAAGACUGUCCUGCUGGCAGUUACUGCCAUCAGACCGCCAAAUUCGCUAAAUGUUGCAAUAAAAUUGAACAAAUCGUCGACAAAAAAGGCUGUGAAGAGAGUUGGUACGGCUGUUGUCCAGACGGGAAAACUCCUGCUCAAGGUCCUAACUUCGGUGGAUGCCCUUCUACUUGCGAAUGCAACAAACUAGGAUCCUACUCAGACAUUUGCGAUGCUCAGACACAACAAUGCCAAUGUCGACCCGGCGUCGGUGGUACCAAAUGUGAUAGAUGCGAACCCGGCUUCUGGGGGCUUCCGAAAAUCUCCACUGGUUACCACGGUUGUAUACCUUGCGCUUGCUCGAACUUCGGUUCGGUGAGGGAUGACUGCGAACAAAUGACGGGGCGGUGUGUUUGCAAACCGGGAGUACAGGGUCAAAAAUGCACCAUAUGCACGAACCACAAUAAAUACUUAGGGCCUAACGGUUGCGUUACAGCUACCGAAUUAGCUAUGUCUGCAAAUCCAUCAAGUUGUUCGGAAAGGACCUGCCACUUCGGUGCCACGUGCAUAGAAAAAACCGGCUCAACCCAUUGCCAGUGCCACAUAAAUUGUACCAACGAAAAAGAACCUCCUCAAAUGGUCUGUGGAAGUGACGGAGUAACUUACAGAUCAGCUUGCAACUUGCGUGCACAGGCUUGUAAAGCACAGAAAGACGUGGUAUUGCAAGCUUUCGGCUCGUGCAAAGACGAUAUACAAAGCACGGAUUGGCCGUAUAGCAAUGUUAACAAUCCCCAGCAAUUCACGCAACCCGACGAAAUCAGUUCGCCGCUGUCGAAAUCCACGCGGCAUUUAUUAGUGCCGGACCCGCGGUACUAUUACGAACGGAGCAGCAACCCUAGGCCGGUUUCCUUUCCGGACGAUCCCGAUUUUGCGAAAAAGGAAUCGGGCUCUAAUAUCCUAUACCGCAACCGUGGUGGUGAUUUUGCACCCGCUUAUCGUCCUACACCAGCCACAGUUCGUGUAACAGCUUUAUUAGGUGAUUUAUGUUCGGAUAAUACCGAUUGCAUUAUAUUAAAUAGCCACUGUGUAAAAGGAGCUUGUCUCUGUCUGCCUAAUUAUGUAGAGUCGUCAGAGCGACAAGAUUGCAUACCUGAUACAGCGGAUCCGGACGAGUUCCCGGCCUGCAGCAGCGCCCCGUGCAUCCACGACAGUACUUGCAUCGAUCUGCCGGCGUCCACGUACGCCUGUGUGUGCUCUGCCAAUUACACCGGUCCACAUUGCGAGACGGAAAUCGCCCAAGUGCAGUACAGAACGCCGGCGUUCCACGGCAGAUCCUACGCGAGGCUGCGGCCUCUUAAAGCUUACCACAAGCUCAGCUUGGAGGUCGAGUUUAAAGCUCGCUCGAGCGACGGCGUGAUUCUGUACAAUCAACAGAAAGCCGACGGUUUGGGCGAUUUCGUUUCGUUGGCGAUCAUUAACGGGUUCAUUGAAUUCCGGUACAAUUUGGGUAAUGGGAUGGUGCUGAUACGUUCGGUGGAUAAGAUAAAAUUAGGGUACGACCAUCGAGUCGUGAUUAAACGGUACCAUAGAGAUGGUGUAUUGAAAUUGGAUGAUUCCGAGGAAAUUGGCGGAGAAUCCAGUGGGAAUUUGAAAGCUUUAGAUUUAUUAGAAGACGCGUUUGUAGGAUUUGUACCUACCAAUAAUACAAGGGUAUACGAAAAUAUAGGCACCUCAAAAGGUUUCCAAGGAUGCAUAACCAAGUUGAAAAUCGGCAGGCAAGACGUCGAAUUGAGCAUUAAGCAAGAGGAUUGGGUGCUGGAAGUGAAAGGAAUCUACGACUGCGACGAGCACGCUUGUAAAAACUCACCCUGCGAGAACGGUGGAAAAUGCGUGAAAGCCGAUUCGCACGCGUUCCGCUGCGACUGCACCGACCACUACAAAGGCGAUUUCUGCGAAGAAGCCCAAAACCAGUGCCAAGGCGAUUGCAAGAAAGACUUAAAAACCCGAAACGGACUAACUCCCGAGUUCAACGGAAACAGCUUCAUCCAGUUCCCGCAACUGGAGGGCAUCAAGAAGAAAUUCACCAUCGAAGUCAACUUCAUGUCGAGAGCCGCCAACGGCCUGCUACUCUACAACGGGCAGAUGAAGAACGGCAGAGGCGACUUCAUUUCCCUGAACAUCGCCCGAGGCCAUCUGCAAUUUAGAUUCAACCUGGGCAGCGGAAUCGCCAACAUAACCUCAAUGCCGAUUACUCUAAACGAAUGGCACAGCGUGCGAAUUAGCCGAGAAGGUAGAGCGGGCACGCUGCAAGUGGAUAACGGUACAUUGGUCCGCGGCUACUCAGGAACAUCACUGACAGAGCUCAACCUAAAGACGCCCCUCUACAUCGGAUCCGUCGGCAGCUGGAAGCAAAUACACCGACUAUCGGGCGCUUCAAAAGGCUUCAAAGGCGCUAUCCAGAAGAUCACGCUCAACGGAAUCCCGUUGCCGAUCACCCAGGCUCUGCCCGACUGCGUGGCUGUGGUGACGCACAACGUGACCGGGUGCAGUGCGAACGUGGGCUAUUACACAGGACCGCCCUGCUCGUUGGAUAACAAUCCUUGUCUCAACAGCGGCGAAUGCGUGCCAGAUUUGGAUAAUUUCACGUGCAAGUGCGCGGAGAAUUACAAAGGGAAAUACUGCGAAAUAGUCGAUGAAGAUAGCAUAGCGAUUAGGUUGGAUGGAAUGACGUUCUUGCAAUACAGGAAUAGGGGUUACCGCAGCGAUAAUCUAACAAAUUUUACUGACAAUGACGACGAAUUUAUUAACAAAACUAUCGAAAACGAUGAAAGCGAAUUAGACGGUGAUUUUUUCGACGAGCAUAAUUUAGAUUACGAUUCCGAAGAUAUAGAAGUUUUACGAAAGCCCGAGCGCGGCAACAGAUACGAAAUAAAACUACGCACUUUUUCGUCCGAUGGGCUCAUCUUGUGGCGCAGCAAAAAUAAAAAUCAACUGCAGAACUACCUUUCAAUCGCCAUCGUUGACGGUUAUCCAGAAUUCAGCUUCAACUUGGGUAGACAGGAAGCGUUUUGGACAAUCAGAUCGCAAAGCAAAGUCGAUGAUGGCCAGUGGCACUCGAUACAAGUCAGAAGGCGCAAGCGCGUGGGUUUCAUCUCGGUCGAUGGUCAGGCUUCGGUUAAAGGCGUCGCAAAAGCCGGUGCAAUUGCUUUGAGAACCAAUGCUAAACUUUGGAUAGGUGGUUCUUCUGCGCUGCCCAACGAUCUGCCGAGUGCGUAUUACAAAGGCUUCGAAGGUUGCAUCCAAAAGAUUUCAAUCCACGGAAAACCUCUAGAUUUAUUGUCUAAUAGUGAUAUAAGUAAAAUUAGUUUUUGUCAUGACAAUGAAAUUUAA